AUGAGUCUCAUGUGGGUUGCCGUGGCCAGUCUCACAGGCUUUGAGGCUUUGCUUCUCUUCCUCGUCAGCUUGCCGCUCCCUCGUCCGCUCAUUUCUCGCUUCGUUCCGCUGGUUCUUGCGGCGCUGCAACCGCUCCUGGCGGUGGUGCCGUUUUGCCUCUUCUUUCUCCUGGACGUGUACUGGAAGUACGAGUUCCGCAUGGACUGCCGCGGCGGAGCCUGCACAUCAGCGGACCGCGACAGAUACCAGAAGUCGGUCAUCAAGAGUCAGCGCAACUUUAUCCUCGGGCUGUUCGGCAUUUACCUCUACUGGGUGCUGUACCGCUACUGCAUGCUGAGCAUGAAAGUGAACAGGCUCGAGGCCAUUAUCCCUGCCGACAAGCCCAAGAGGGUCACCAAGGACGCACCCAAGGAGGCGUCCAAGGAGCAGUAG